UAUCCCUUUUGCACAUUCCUGGUGGCUGCAGUCACCUUUAUUGUGUGGAAAUCAGACAAGCAGACUCCUGCCUGUCAGGGGAAAGCAUUCCAGCUGCUACCACACACCCAUGGUAAUGUGCCCUACCCCUCCUGCGCACACACCCCUGCCAUAUAUUUUGUGCUCUGCUUGCCCAUCUAUGGACCCAGGACCUGCAUAGCGGGUGAGGCCAGUUUUCUAGAUUUGUAUCCACUGUGAAAAUCUGAUGAAGGCGACAAGAUGUCCUACGAGCUGACUGAUCGACACAACAGGCAGGAGGACAUAAAAAAAGGACUUGAAUUCAUUCAGUCUUCAUUACCUUUUCUUGGCACCCAAAAAGAAUAUGAGAUUUUUGUGCAAAAGCUGGUUAGCAACCUGUACAAUGAGGGCAAUGACUUGUACAAAGAAGGACACAAGAAUGAUUCUGUCAACCAAUACUCUGAAGCGCUUAGCCUUGCUAACUAUGCCGCAUCUGAGGACAUUGUGAUCACUAGUGAGACACUAGAGAGGUUGCAUGUGAACCGUGCUGCAUGUUACCUGGCCAUGGGUUUACAUGAGGAUGCUUUAAGAGAUUGUGAAGAUGCUUUGCACAUAAAUGACAAAAAUCCGAAAACACUGUACUGCAAGUCUAAAGCCCUCUUUUUACUUGAGAAAUACAAAGAGGCUUAUGAGGCUGUGGCCAAGUGCUCCCUUAUUGCUCCAAAGGAUGAAAGUGUUGUAAAGUUAACCCAAGAACUAGCAAUGAAACUUGGACUGAAAAUUAGAAAAGCGUAUGUCAGGGCUCAGCCUGGUUCCCAAGGUACACACAUGGAUGCAACAGAGAAGACAGAUUGUGUGGCAAAUGAACUAGAACCCGAUUUGCCCGAAGUGGACGCCUUCUCUUCUCACAGUAUUAAAACUGAAAUAUUAAGAGAGCAAUCUCCCAUUCCGGUGUCAUCGGUCUCCCCUAAUGUGCUCCCUGAAGCUGUACCUGAAGUAGGGCUUUUCCCUUCAGCCCUUGUUAGCAAUGAAACAUCUGUUCUGUUUCCAGUGUCAAAUUUACGUGAUGAAAUUAUUGGAGAUGAACUGGAUCUCAUCCUCGAUUCUGUUCCAACAUCUAACAGUCUAUUGACUGGCAGUGCUUUACCUGGACCCAGCCGAAUUAAUGCUUUUACUAGUAUGAACCCUCUCAACGCUUUUCCUGGUUAUGCAAUACAGAAUACAUAUGCUCUUAUGAUGCCAGCCUUGGGUAGUUUUUCUUCUCACCUCUCCCUAUCAGGACACCAGAGAGAUGUAUCUGCAUUAGAUCACAUGAGUGGGACACCUAAAGCAAAGAUGUUGGAUGCAACAUUCCAAGUAAAUGAUUCAGCAUACUUUCUCCAAACUGAGAGCUCUACAGAUGUUUCUGCAUCUCAUAAGAAAGUUCCUUUUUCGGAAAGCUUUGUUAAUGGAGGGCCGGCGUCAAGUGCGAGCCUCCUGAAAAUGGUGAACCCGUUAGAAGAUACACAUGAGUUCAGGCAAGCCUGUCAGCUGUGUUUCACCAAAGCAGGAUCAAAAAUUCAAAGCUACAAUUACCAAGCCAAACUUGAACAUCAUUGCAAGAAGGACAUUUUUAUUGGGCGAAUGAAAAGCUCUACAGAUGAACUGUGGAAAAGAAUAAGACCCAGACCAACAAAGAAUCAAUAUGCGGGUCAAUACUAUAUUUGUAAAGAUGUUGCUCAAGGCAUGGAGUGCACAUACGCAGGAAACUGUACAUUUGCAUACUGCCAAGAAGAAAUUGAUGUGUGGGCUUUAGAAAGAAAGGGAACAUUCUGUAGGGAUACACUCUUUGGAGGCAGCAGAAAAGUCAAUCUAACAAUCCCUCAUCUACUGCAGGAGCACUCAGGACAUUUUGACUUUCUUUGUGAGAAAUGUUUUGACCACAAACCCAGAAUGAUUAGCCAGCGGAAUAAAGAAAAUCCAUUCACCUGCUCACAUUCUGUAUCUAAGCACAGUUUUGAAGAAAAUAAAUGCCUUGUUCACAUGUUCAAAGACACAGUUGUAAAGUACUGCAAGAUACGUCCUUUCAACAAUCUGCUUGUGCUUGAUCUUUGUCGUCAUGAGGUUCGCUAUGGCUGUUUAAGAGAAGAUGAAUGCUUCUAUGCUCAUAGCUUGGUGGAACUCAGGGUCUGGGUCAUACAGAACAAAACAGGAAUUGCAUUCGAAGAAAUUGUGCGAGAAUCUCAGAAAUAUUGGGUAAAUGAGUCCAGUGCACAUAAACCACAGCUUUUGAAUAUGCAGAAUCAUGAGCUUCCAAAUUUGAACAUUAAGUUUGUGUGUGGACAGUGUUGGAGAAAUGGCCAAGUCAUUGAAGCAGACAAAAACAGAAAAUAUUGUAGCGCAAAGGCAAGACACACAUGGACAAAGGACCGCCAGGUUGUGUUAGCAAUGUCCAAUGAGCGGAGUAGUGGAAGAAUUGCUAAGAAGUGGAUAUCUAUCAGACCUUGCCCUAUGAGAAAGCCAUUGCCAGCUCAGUUUGAGCUGUGUAAUCAUAUAACGAAUGGCAGAAAAUGCCAGUUUAUAGGAAAUUGUGCCUUUGCUCACAGCCAGGAGGAAAAAGAAAUAUGGACAUAUAUGAAGGAUUUAGGAAUUCAAGAUAUGGAUCAACUGUAUGAGAAAUUGAACAGUAAAAAGAUUGAGAGAGGAAAUGAAAUGUUCAAUCAAGCCAAUAAACAAGUUCACUUGCCCACUGACUAUGCAGAAACCACGCAGGUUGAUUUCCAUUGUUGGCUUUGUGGAAAGAACUGCAAUAGUGAACGUCAGUGGAAAAUGCACAUCUCAUCAGAAAAACAUAAAGAGAGGGUAUUCCACUCUGAGGAUGACCAGAAUAUCUGGCAGCACCGCUUCCCUACUGGAUCUUUCAGUGUGUGUAAAAGGUUCUUAUCUGGCUCCUGCCCUGAUGGAGAAAAAUGCAUAUUUGCCCAUGGAGAUGCUGAACUUCAAGAGUGGGAAGAAAGAAGUAAAGUUCUAAAUCAAAAACUUCUGAAAGCACGCAAAGAUCAGCUCAUUAGUGCAGAUGAUAAUGACUUUGGAAAAUAUAGUUUUUUGAUUAAUGCUUUCAAUUAAACAGCCAUUUAUCCUGCAAAGUAAAUUCUACAUGGAAACAAAUGCAAUAUGUUAAAAAAAAGCUCCUAAAAUUGUUAAAAAAGCAAUUUUAUGCUCUGAGUUGUUGUGUAGAGCUGUGCAUUAUUGAACGAGUCAGUAUCUUGCACUGAGAGGAUCACACUUAAUUUGAUAAAAAAAGCAGAGCCAAGGAGCAUUAUUCAGAGAGGUGCCUUAAGUAAACUUUUGCAGAAAGAUUACUUGUUAUAGUAAAAAGUUUAAUAUUAUAAACAACUUAAGGGGAGUGGUUUUGUUUUAUUUUUAUUUUUUUUCUGGAAUGUGUUUGAUCACCCAAUUGUAUACUUGCUCUACCAGCAGACAAUAUCGGUUACAGCUGUCCACCAACAUUUAUAUAUUCACUCUUUUAGGAGUGAAUGCUAUCAGAUAUUUUAAACCUGUGUUCAAUUUGAAUUCCCAAAUGAGUGUUGGACAUACAAUUUAAAAAAAAAAUCAUGAUUUCUGCCAACACAUGGUUGGGUAAUUACUAAGUGAAUUACUCUUUCAGUAAAAUAAACCCUACUGUGAAGUUGAACAGAAUAUUGUCAUUGGUACUUAAAUGCUUAAAUUUGACUUUUUUUUGUUUAGAUAGCAUAAAAUUUUACUUUCUCUCUAGCAGUAUAGCAAUGACUUCCUGCCACUAAAAUUAAGCCUACUGAAUAAAGUGAACAUAACCUGACCUAAAAUGUUUCAUAGGUAUCAACAAUGCUGGUGUCUGCUUUUAUUUCCCAAUGCCCUCACAAAGACAAAUUGAUUUAAAUGUGAUCACCAGUACUUGUGUUACCUGCACAUCCACACUGUUAAUACCUGAUCAGAUUAAGGUGCAUCUUCAGCACUCGGCCAUGGGGGACCCAUAAAUAUUCGCUAGUUUGGCUAGCAUAUGACAGAUACAAUGAAGGAAUGUAUACUGUUUUAGAUGGUCUCCUGCCAAAACUAAAUGUUGAAAUGGGUAGGCUCACAUGUUUCAAUCAUCACCCUGUAAAUCGGAGACAUAUCUUCUUCCCGUUUUUCUCUGCAUCUCACAGUUGAGGGGGAUCUGGUUGGGAACAGUUGUUUAUAUGCUUCAGAUAGCAGUUUACACAAUGUAUCAUGCCGUAACAAACCGUUCAAUAGAGGAGGGCCAAGCCACUAAUUCGGCCAUACUGAACUGGGAGAAAAAGGUGAUGGUGAUGGAAAAAAA